AAAGUCCCUCACCAACCCCCAACUGCUGAGCUCACGUCGCCAUCCUCGUUCGCCAAAGCUUGCCUGCGUCAACUGGCUCCAACGGCCAGCAACACAGGAAUUGGGCCAACCUUUCGUUCCUCCCCGCUUCCCUCUGGGAUCUCAGCCUUUCGUCUUCCUGUGUCUGUGCAUCCGUAGCCAUCAUUGCCAGGAAGAUUCCAAAGCAGACUGGCCGUUCGUCUGUGGAUUACCCGGCCAACAUUCUCACACACCCAAACAGCCUUCAUGUCGCACCAGCCGCCAUGGGACUACAUCGCAAAGCUCGUCUGCAUCGGUGACUCUGGUACCGGCAAAUCCAGCCUGACAAUCCGCCUCUGCGAAGGCCGCUUCACCACCACCCACGACGUCACCAUCGGCGUCGAAUUUGGUUCUCGCAUCGUCCCCGUCGGCCCUCCAGCUAGCGACGAGCUCGACGACGAUGAGGCUUCCCAAUCCCAAUUCCAACCGUCGCACAUCCCCACUACCUCAUUCCCCGAGACCCAAACCCCCAGCGCAUCUAAACAUUCCUCUCGGCCCUCUUCCUCCCCCAGCAACGCCAACCCGGACCCCUCUCCCCAGCACCUCUCCUCCGGCCUCCCACCACCUCCGCAGAAACCCAAAUCCCAGGCCGCACCACCCGUCCAGAAACGCAUGAAGCUCUCCCUCUGGGACACCGCUGGCCAAGAGACCUACAAAUCAAUCACGCGCUCCUACUUCCGCGGCGCUUCGGGCGCCCUCCUCGUCUUCGAUAUCACCCGCCCGCCCACCUUUUCCUCCCUCUCAGCAUGGCUCCAGGACCUCCAGCAGAUCGCCGAGGAAGGCAUCGUCGUCGUGCUCGUCGGCAACAAGAGCGAUCUUGUCAAGGACGCCGACCGUGAGCGCGGAGAAGGAUACAUCACCCGCGCCCAGGCUGAAGCCUGGUGCAGAGCUAACGGCGUGGUGCGAUAUGUGGAAACGAGCGCCAAGUCCGGUGAGAACGUAGAGCGGGCGUUUUUGGAGGUCGCAGAGCGGAUAUAUAGGAAUAUCGAGGCUGGGAGAUAUGAUCUGAAUGACCGCCGCAGUGGGGUGAAAGGGUACGGGAGCACGAGCGGGUCGAGAACUGGUGGUGGGAAAUUGCAGAGGACGGUGACGCUGGGGGUAAACGACGCGAUGGGGAGAGGUGGGACUGGAUGGGCGGGAGGGUGUUGUUAAGAGACCAAAAAUAUUUAUCUCGAUCGAAUACCCGUUAUCGCGAGCUGACUGCUUUCUUUUGUCUUUGUUUCUAUUUCGGUUCUGACUAUUGUUAUGGGGGACUGAUGAUAUCCUCCACGAGCUGUCCUCUUUCUUUUUUUUUUUUUCUCUUUUCAGGCAUUUCUUUUCGAGGCCAGCGCGAAGCAUGUCGGACUCAUUGCAUUUGUCUUUUUGGGUGGCAGACUUUUUCUUUUACCAGUUUUAUGAUUCAUGGGAGCCAGAACGUGGAAUAUAGUCAUAUAUGU